AUGUUUCGGAGAUUAUUUAAUCCUCGAUUCUCCAAUAAUAUCCUCACCAGAUAUCGCAAUAAUACCUUCGGAAGCUUUAAUUCUAGUGAAUUUGCAAAGCCAUCAAAUCCAGUUAACUCAUCGGUUUGUCUGAGUAGUAGAUUUUUUUCCUCGGAUUCGUUCAUGCAGACUGUUUUAAAGCAGGUAAAGAAGGAUUUGGAGAAGGACAAGAGCCUACAGGAAGCCAUGGAGAAGCUGGAAAGCGAGUCUCAGAUAUCUGAGAAGAUUUCAAGGAUUUCAGAAUACUUUGAGAAAACAAGAGAUUUCAGUAAGGACUGUAUUAAUAAGAUUUCUGAGACCAAGAACUCCAAGAUUGUUAGGAACUGCCUCGAUUCAGCCAAGAGCAUUGCGGUGGGAUUUGAUAGAGUUUCCAGUUACUUAUAUGACGAAAAGGGACAUGCGAAAAGGAUCAGAACUAAAAUGAAACUUAACAAACGGAAACCUGAGUCAUCUAAGCCUGAGAAUGAAAGUGUGGUAACUGAGCCUAACGACUCUGGAAAUGAUACCCCUGAUAACUCACUAGUCCUUGCAAAGGAAUCUGUUUGGGACAGAUUUGGCAGUAAGAUCCGUGAUAUGCCAUUUUUAUACGAAUUUUUCGAGAAUCCUAUAAUAUCAAAGUUAUUUGGAGAUACAAGUUUGGCCUCUGCUCUUCGUGAGAUGAAGAGACUUGACCCAUCCUUUAAUUUACCAGACCUCGUUGAACUUGUUGAACAUGUAAUUGCUCCUCAUGUUGUAGAGUCAUAUCUCAAAGGUGAUGGUGAAGCUUUAAAAUUGCACUGUGGAGAAGUCGCAUUUAAUAUAUUGAACACAUCAAUAAAGGAGCGGAAUUUACAGAAACUUGUACUUGACCCUUCAAUUCUAAUAUUGAAGAAUGUAGAACUAAAAGGAGGUAUGAAGGUGAAGGAAGGCGACCCCUGGCUAAUAUUCAACUUUACAACUCAACAAAUAAACUGCCUAAGAGAUACCAAGGGGAAAGUUUGUGCAGGUAAUUGUGAUGUAAUAUAUUACGUAUUAGGUCAAAUUGAUGAUAUUAGAGAAGUGGUGUAUUCAAUUGCUAUUUCAAGGCAUCCAAACCCUUUCGAAAAUUUAGAAUACCCAUACAUGGUAAUACAGUAUAUAUACACUAAACAAAUUACGAUAUUAAUGUAA